AAAAUUGUCACAUUCGAGCGCUAAAUGUUAUCUGGAAGAAAAAGAAAUUUUUAGGAGACUCGGACUGCGUUCAUUUUGGAUGCUUACAAUCUUAUUUUAUAUAUACGAUAAUCUUUUCGGAAGCCUGUUUGAAAGUACGCGCGAGAAUGGCCUGCGAUCACGUGGACGUUGUGGAGGUCGUGGUCGUGACUCGUGGAUGAGGCCUAGUUACAUUUCGAGAACAUGUUUGCGAUGUCGUGGUACCUCCAAUGAUGGAUACAUCUAUAGUACAAAGGGCGCGGAUUUGAGCGGGGCGUGUUUAGCUGCGUUGGGCGACGAGGACGAGGAAGAAGAAGAAGAAGAAGAAGAAGAAGAUGCUGUCGUGAAACCCGAACUCCGACCUGGCCCCCGGCAGGCACUACGGACGCGAUAAACAAUGUUGACGUGAGU